CAUCAUGGCUCUCAAACAGGUAUUUCUACUUUUGGCUGCGCUUGGCGCUGUGAUGGGCAGACCGACGGACAUGGACGAUCCUUCGUUGUUGAAGCCAAGUGAGACAUCAGAAAUGGGCAAGUCUGAUCUUGAAUCUGAGCAUACUGGAAUGAUGGGCAUGAACUACUAUCCGCUUGGACGACCCAUGGCGUUCAUCCCGGUCUAUUACUUACCUCCUCACGGCAUUGUACCUAAACUGAGGCUACGCCGGCCUAUGCAGAAGGAAGGCGAGGCAAUGCCGACCAUGGUCUUUUCAAACCCAAAAGGCUGCGAUAAAACGAUGCCCGAGAAAGAGAUGCCAUUACAAGCUGGGCAAGCAAAGAACUUGCAAGAUCUUAACCCUCCUUCCAUCGCUGCACAACCUGCCCAGCCAAUGAAGAAUCCUGACAAACUAAUGAGCACGUUACCUAAUGUAGAAGAACAAAGGACACACGAGAAUGCACCGAUCAUGAAUGCGCAGUCCAGUUCGCUUGAAUCUUCGGCUGGACCGAUGCCGGCAUUGGAUAAGCCCAUUUCGAGAAGUAUUGAGAAAGAUCAGGAGGAUGUGAUUGGUAUGAUGGAUGCCCAGCGAGAUCUUGUUCCUUUGUCAGAGCCAUCACCUCUAGCGAUUCCAAGAUUGAAAAGAUCUCCCCAGUUUCAUCGUCCACCAUAUUAUGGAUACGAAAGGUACGGCUACGAAGGCUAUGGCGGUUACGAUGGCUACGGCGGGUACGAUGGCUAUGGUGGUUACGGUCCUUACGGCUACCCCGGGUACGGUGAAGAAAUCAUCGAUAUUGAUAUCGGAAUGUAUUGAAAAUGUUGAAUCAAAUGUAUAGUUCACUGAAUGUUUAAUGAUAAAUAAAACUAUUAAUUGA